UACAGGAAGGGCCGUCCUGGCGUAGCCAUAGCUACACGCCGAAGGAAAAGAGACACCUACCUCCGUUUAUGCGUUUUUUACUCGCGAAAGUAUUUACAUUUUGAUAACCUUUUAUUUUAAAAGAAGAAGAUGGGUGCUUGCCUGGCUUUGUGUUCUCUGGCCAGCUGCGCCUCGUGUCUGUGCGGCUCCGCCCCCUGCCUCCUGUGUGGCUGUUGCCCCUCCUCCAACAACUCCACGGUAACGCGCCUGGUCUUCUCCUUCUUCCUGCUUCUGGGCACCCUGGUGUCGGUCAUCAUGAUCCUGCCGGGCAUGGAGGCGCAGCUCAAAAAGAUACCGGGGUUCUGCCAGGGCGGCAGCUCCAUCCCGGGCGUAGAGAACCACGUCAACUGCGACGUCAUCGUGGGCUACAAGUCAGUGUACCGCAUGUGCUUCGCCAUGGCCUGCUUCUUCUUCCUCUUCUCCGUCAUCAUGAUCCGCGUGCGAUCCAGCAAGGACCCCCGCGCCACCAUCCAAAACGGGUUCUGGUUCUUCAAGUUCCUGAUACUGGUGGGCAUCACGGUCGGGGCCUUCUUCAUCCCAGACGGCACCUUCCACACAGUGUGGUUCUACUUCGGCGUGGUGGGCUCCUUCAUCUUCAUCAUCAUCCAGCUCAUCCUCCUCAUCGACUUCGCCCACUCCUGGAACAAGGCCUGGCUGGAGAACGCCGAGGAGGGAAACCGAAAGUGCUGGUUCGCAGGCCUCCUCAGCUUCACCUUCCUGCAUUACGCGCUGGCCUUUGCCGCCGUGGUGCUCUUCUACAUUUACUACACCCAGCCCGACGACUGCACCGAGCACAAGGUCUUCAUCAGCCUCAACCUCAUCUUCUGCAUCAUCGUCUCCAUCGUGUCCAUCCUGCCCAAAGUCCAGGACGUACAGCCUCAGUCUGGACUGCUCCAGGCUUCUCUCAUCUCUCUGUACACCAUGUACGUCACCUGGUCUGCCAUGACCAACAACCCCAACCGGAAGUGCAACCCCAGCCUGCUGAGCUUGGUGACCAACACCACCUCCAGCGGCCCCACCCCCACGGCCACGCCCGGGCAGGUGCAGUGGUGGGAUGCGCAGGGCAUUGUGGGAUUGGUCAUCUUCCUCUUCUGCACCCUUUACGCCAGCAUCCGCUCCUCCAAUAACGCGCAGGUGAAUAAGCUGAUGCAGACAGAAGAAGGCAGCGGGGGGGCGUCGGAGGGCGCGGUGGGUGAGGACGGGGUGCGGCGUGCCGUGGAUAACGAGGAGGACGGCGUCACCUACAGCUACUCCUUCUUCCACUUCUGCCUGCUGCUGGCCUCCCUCUACAUCAUGAUGACCCUCACCAACUGGUACCAACCGGACGCUACCUCCCAGGCCAUGCUGAGCACCAUGCCGGCAGUGUGGGUGAAGAUCUGCUCCAGCUGGCUGGGCCUGGCCCUCUACCUCUGGACCCUGGUGGCCCCGCUCAUCCUGACCAACCGGGACUUCAGCUGAGCGCCCUCCCGCCCCCGCGCCCACCGCCCACGGAUGUUAGAACAGGGGUACUGAGGGUUUUCGGUGUGAAUGCGUGUGUGUCUGCGUUUACCUGUGUGUGACUGCCAAUGGCCAAGCCAAAGCGCUUUCUGCCUGAUGUGAAGGAUGGGGAAGGACCACCUUCUCUCUUAGGCUUCGGCCUUCUUUUUGUUUUUUUUUUCCUCUGAAUCGUUCUGCCUGAAUUAUUCCCUGGUGUUCUGUAUGCGUGGAUAUCUGCUUUCUGGGGUUAUGGGGCAUUUUCUGGUCAUCUGUAAGACUUGCCUGUCAGGUACGUCUUCUUUUUUAAUUACAGUGAUACUGUUCAUAUGCACUGUUAGAGACACACACACACACCUCUAACCUCACAGUUGUCCACGGUGCUUGUCCCUACGGUUUAUUGCGGAUGAGCUGUCUUCAGGAUUGCCCAGCUGCAUUUAAAACCUCUUCAGAUGAUCUUCACUUAAGCUGG